AAAUAUAAAUAAUUCGACAACUGACCUUUCUACAGCUUGCUCUCCUCGACAUCCCUCCCUCUUUCAUAGAGACAUUGUGAUGCCUCAAUUAUUACUCUCAAAUCUUUAACCUCAGCGAUAUUAUCAUCUAAUGGCGACUCAAUCUUCCAAUCCUUAUUCGCUCCCCAAUCCUUUGCCUCACAACGCCACCUCUAAUUCCACUCGAGCUCCGCAAAAUGUCUCUGCAGCAAAAACCUGGCGCAAUCGCUUCAAUUCGUUAGUUACCAGUGAUACAAACCCUACAUCACAUAAUACCGAGGCAAUGAAUGAGCAUAGUGGUUUGCAGACAGCGAACACAAAUGCUUCCACGAGAAGCAGACAUAUCCCGAAAUGGUAUAAAAUUAGAUGGUUUAAAGGCAUGAUUAAUGAUGUAAAGAGGAGGGCGCCAUUUUACUGGAGUGAUUGGACGGAUGCUUGGGAUUAUAGAGUUGUGCCGGCUACGAUUUAUAUGUAUUUUGCAAAGUGCGUUGCAUUUCAUUUGGAGGCCAAUCUUUCUUGUGGUGAGAAGGGAAGUCGUGGAAAUGGAUUUAGGGCACAAGAGCUAAUUGCAUGACAGUAUUUUGCCUGCAUUAGCUUUUUCUUUGGAUAUGUAAGUCUCUUUUCAAACAUAUAUGAGGAAAAGUUUCUGAUUAAAUACAGGUUUACAAAGACGAAUAUGAGUUACGGAGUGAAUGAAGUCCUCCUUGCUUCGGUCCUAGGAUCAGUGGUUUUUGCAGUAUUUGCCGCUCAACCACUGGUCAUUGUAGGAGUUACAGGACCAAUCACUGUUUUCAAUUAGUACGUUUGGUGAUGUGAAAGUCAUAUUCGCUGCUAAUAUGAAUAGUACUGUUUACGAUAUUAUUGUUCCUACAGGGGCAAACUUUUUUGCAUUUAUGGCAUUAAUUGGAUUGUAUGUAUAGGACAUACUCUCCAAUUAUUAAAAUUUUGAAAAGAAAAAACUGACUAAAGCAGAUGGUCUCUAUUAAUGCAUUGGAUACUCGCCAUUACCAACUCAUGCAACUUACUUCGUUAUGUCACUCGUUUCUCUUGCGAUAUUUUUGGAUUUUAUGUAGCAUUUAUUUACCUCCAGAAAGGUAUCCAGGUCCUGACUCGUCAAGGCUCAGAUGAACCAUUUUACCUUUCUAUCGUUAUCGCAUUACUAGUCACCGCCGUUGCAUUUUUGUGCGGUGUUGUUGGGGAUAGUCCAUUAUUCCGGCAUUAUGUUCGAGUUUUUAUAAAAGAUUACGGCACACCUCUCACUAUCAUUUUUUUCACUGGGUUUGUACACAUUGGUAAAAUGAGAGAAGUACAUUUGACUACACUACCUACAAGUAAAGCUUUCUUUCCAACAAUUGAUAGAGGAUGGUUUGUCCAUUUUUGGGAUGUUAGAGUUUCAGAUGUAUUUAUUGCCAUACCAUUUGCUAUUUUGCUAACAAUCUUAUUUUAUUUCGAUCAUAAUGGUAAAUCAUAGCUCUUCCAUUUCUGUACAGAUAUACAGUCACUAAUGGAGCAUAGUAUCUUCUUUGAUAGCCCAAGGAACUGAAUACCCCCUCCGAAAGCCUGCUGGUUUCCAUUGGGAUAUUUUCCUCCUCGGAUUCACAACUGGUAUUGCCGGCCUGCUGGGAAUCCCUUUUCCGAACGGUCUCAUUCCACAAGCCCCAUUCCACACCGAGUCUCUUUGCGUUACUAAACUUGUUGCUGAUACCGAUGAAUCGGGAGAUUCGAAGGGUCAUCUCAAGUCAGUUACAUCCCACGUCGUUGAACAACGAGUCAGCAAUCUAGCCCAAGGUCUAUUAACCCUAGGGACUAUGACUGGUCCUCUACUUAUAGUCAUUCACCUCAUCCCUCAGGGUGUCUUGGCGGGUCUCUUCUUCGUCAUGGGUAUUCAAGCUCUUCUCGGCAAUGGAAUGACUACUAAAAUUCUCUUCCUUCUCAAAGAUUCCUCGCUAACCCCUUCUUCCGAGCCCUUACGGCAUCUUCCCCGAAGAUCUGCCAUCUGGAUAUUCGUAGCAAUUCAACUCUUUGGUUUUGGUGCCACGUUUGCUAUCACACAGACAAUCGCGGCGGUGGGAUUCCCAGUAAUUAUUCUGGCGUUGAUUCCGGUUAGGAUAUGGAUGCUACCAAGGUGGUUCACGAAAGAGGAAUUGGGAGCACUGGACGGGGCGACAGCAAGUCCUUUUACGAUGAUUAGCGUAGGGGGUAAUCAUGGGGAAGAGAUUGAAGAGGAGGGGCUCUCAACUAGUACAGAUGUUGUUGGUGAGGGUAUGCUAGUGGGUAAUACUUCGGAUGAGAGCAGCGGAAAUGGAAAAAGGAUAGUAGAAACCGAAGGUGAUGGUGAUGAAGGACGAGCCGAGCGAGGUGAAUUUCAAACCGGUGGUCCCGCCAGGAGGAAAGAGAGUUGGAAGGGAGAAGGAAGAAGUGGUGGAUUAGGUGAGGCCAUGGAGUUACAAAAUCUUGGCAUGAGUAGAAGAAGUGUUAGUAGACAGCACGAAUAGGUAGAAUACGUCCGUCAUUCAGGAUUUUAUUUAAGAGGCGUGUGUGCUCACUGUUGGCCACGGGAAUUAUAAUUAGAGUUUAGAGUGGCCGGGCUCAUUUGUAUUUCAUUGAUAUCUCAACGU